AUGUCCUUCCUGACGCCGCCGCUCAAGACGAAGCCGGCGGGGCUCGGCGACGUGCGCCAGCUCACGCUGAGCCAAGGCAAGAAGAAGCGCAAGAUCGCCAAGGUGCUCGACCUCAAGGACGACGACGGCGGUGCGAGCUCGUCCGAGGAAGAGUUUGACUACAAGGCCAUGAGCUUCAACAAGGAGAACGUCAUGAUGGAGAACGACAGUGACAGCGACAGCGACAGCGAGUGUGAAGUGCUCUUUGACUCGCUCUCGUCGCCGGCCAAGGCCACGCCAUCGACGCCCGCCAACCACUUUGCCCUAGACUUCCAGGUCUCGUCCGUCGCCGUCGACCGCGCCGGCCGCUUUGUCGUCGCCGGCUUUAACAACGGCACGAUCCGCCUCUACCCGCUCGUCGACAACUUCAAGCGGGGCAUUGACGUCGGAACGGUCGAAGUCAGCUCUGUCGACGCCAACGCGCUCGUCUUCCGCAAGGGCGUCGUCCUCGAACACAUUACCGCGCGUGGCAUGUACACGACGCUGCGCGUCCACGUCGUCAUUCCUGAGGACGGUCGGUUCAUCUUUGCCGGUGUCUACCGCGGAUCGACCGAGAUCCUUGUCAUUGACAUCGACUCGAUCGUGCUACCGACCGAGGCGAUUGGCGUGCCGACGGCCGAGGUCGUGACGCACUCGUACAACGACGCCAAGCUGCGCGGCUUUGGUGCGGUGCGCGCGGUGCCUGGCGACAGCCUCAUUACGACCGAAUACCAAGUGCUCUGCGGCCUUGGCAUCAAGAACCUGCACCUCUGGCGCUUCUACUGGGACCCGAACUCCGACGACGACGAGUCCAAGUGGACGUGGCAGUGCGUCUUUGAUCGUCAGACCAACGGGAUCAGCCUCGAGUACCUCGCGUUCGGGCCCGGCCCCAACCAGGUCAUCUCCAAGUCCGAGCACCAAGCCAUCCGCGUCUGGACGCUCUCAGAAGCGACAUCCGACGACGGCACGAUUGCGUCGUUCGAGUACACGGACAUCAAACACACAACGGACGCGGUGGAAGUCUUUGGCCACUACGCGUACGGCGGGUCGGAGCGGCUGGCGCUCGUCGACCUCGACAACUCCAAGCGCUUUGAACUCGACCUUCCGUCGUCGACGGCGGUCGCCUCCGCGCGCCCGACGCUCAACUUUCGCAAGCGUCAACUGCGCACGGUCUCCAACCUCACGGGGGACGCGAUGGGCGUCACGCUCGGCAUGUGCUCGGACGGUAGCGUCUUCGUGCACAAGGCGACGGCCGACGCCGCCCUCGGCGUCCACACGCCACCGACGUACGUGCAAGGCUACGAGUCGUUCUACCAGGACCAAGGCGGUCUCUUGACGCUGCUGCCGUUUGAGAUUCAAGACGAGAAAGAGUGGAUGGUCGUGUCGGCCAACGCGAAUGAGCUCCGCGUGCACGCGCUCCACGAGUUCCUCGGCGAGCCCAAGCAGACGUUUGCCGCGCCCACGAAGCCGUGCAAGCUCAAACUCACAGCGGCAAAAGAGCUCAAGAAGACGCCAAGUCCGCCGCCGUCCGUGGUCGACGACGUCGACGCCUUUAUUGUGCGGCCGCUCAAGGUCAAGGUGGUCGACGCUCCGGCAUCGACACCGGCAUCAACGCCAGCACCGGUCGUCGACGUUGUGCCCGACGUGCUGGCAUCGCCGCCACUCAAGCGCAAGCUCGAACCCGAGAUUGCUGCCGUCGCCACCACCGACUCGACAAAGCGCACCAAAGCGUCGCCGUGGAGCUACGAGCUCAAGCCGCUGGCACCGAAGCCGGUUGCGAUCGUCGUGCACCCGCCGAAAAUCGCUCCAGCGCUCGUGACGCCGAUGAAGCGCCCAGCCAAGAUCGCAGUCCCGUCGCCCGUCGUGUCCAUUUCGCCGUGCUCGUCGCCCGUGAUGCCGCAGACACCUGCGCCGUCGACGCCAACCAAGACGACGGCCGAGGACCAGCGCGACUGGAGCCCGUUUGUGAUCCCCAAGCGCCGCAACAAGGAGCUCAUCAUGGACGAGCCGGCGGUUGUUGCCGACUCUCCGCCGUCGCCUCUUGAGGCAAUGACGCCGCCACCGGUGGAGAGUAGCAUUCCGUCGCGUCUCGACACGAUCGCGGAAGUUGCGACGAUCGUCGCCGCAGUCGAGCCGACGCUGGAUGCGGCACCACCCAGUGUGACGCCGUCGCCGUUUGCAAGCCACGCGCGGUCGCUUCUAAUGCAGCUGACGACGUGCAUGCUGGACGAAGACGAGCCCAUGGACAUUGCUCAGCAGGCGCAACUCAAAGAGACGUUCACGCGCGGCCACCGGCAGCUCAUCCGCACCGUGUGCAACGACAUGCAUCGCCGGGGCACGGCCACGCUCGAGCCCGGUCAGCUCCAAGACAUCUUUCAAAAGCACGUGGACGAGCUGAUACGCGUGCAGCAGCUCGAAGCCGACGCGCUCCACGCCAAGCAGCUUGUGGAGUGGACAAUGCUCGGGCUCUGCGACUUUCGGUUGCCCCGUGUGCACACUGCGUUCCCUGUCCCGCGUCUGUUUGCCUAG